UCUUGGCAAAGGUAACAAGGGCCUACACAAUGAUGAUCAAAGCUCAACUAGUCUGAUCAACAGUUCUGUUUACUGAACGUCAACCUUUUACCUUUAUACCCACAAAACAAUCACUAAAAAAUUAAAUCCCCCGCUAGGACAGGUUGUUGUUUCUUUCACGAAGUCAGUCCAGUAUUAUAUUUUUGACAUGAUGUUGAAUGGCAUAGCUGUUGUCGUUGUGUGUGUAUCAUUGGUGGUGGGCGUGAGUUCGGUAGUACCCGUAUCUGACAUAGAGAACUGCCGCUACACUGGAGCAGACGGGAAUGUGUAUGAUCUCUCUCCGCUCAUAGCAAAGAAUGGUGCGUAUGUAUUUGAUACCCGGUCCUACAAUAUCAACGGCUACAACAUCCUGUCCCCCGAGGAGAGCGGCCUGACCGAGUCUAAGUACACCUACCACCUGCAGAUCUGCCGGAACGUCACCAACCCGCCGCAGGGCUGUAAGGGCAGCUCGCCGAUCUUCAGGGUCGAUAUUGGUCUACACUGUGCCUCCCUUGGGAACAUUGAUGCCGCCAUAUUUGAGAUCAACCCACUGCCGAGGAACGACGGUGUGCACCUGCUGUAUUACCAUGGCGACCUGGUUGACGGAAGUCGUCUGCAGCGGUACCACUCCUCCAUCUACUUCGUGUGUAACAACAGGACGGAAAUCGGGCCUCUGUUCGAGCAUCAGACAGACUUCUAUCAGAGUCACUUCGUCUUCCAGACCAUACAUGCUUGCAGGCCAUAAACACACGUAAUUAUAACACUGUACGUGUUAUAAUUACGUGACAAGGAAGUCUUGGUUUUGAAACCUUUUU